UAUGUGAAUGACAGAGUCUCCUUUAGUAAAAUUAUUUAAACAAUCAGAACUGUUGGCAAGAGAAUCCUUUUGUAUUUUAAAUUCAGUUCAUACUUACAAUUUGAGCAGUGAAGAUGCCAUUGGAUUUUACUACAGACUGAGAUUGAAACUUGCUAAUCCAGGGUUUCUCCACCCUGUGCAUUAAAUCAGGCAGCCCCAAAGGGUCUUGGUAGUCCAGUGUUUAUAACAUCCUUCUUUACCUGCUAAUCGACCUCACUUCCUGGAUUUCAUUCCGUCUAGUUAUCAGCUAACAAAAGAACAGCUUUUGGUUCCUGCAGACGCUGGUGAAAAAAUAAUCAUGAGAAAGACAUCAACCUUAUGCCGUCUUUUUUGUCUGCAAAUAUAAACUCAGCCAUCAUACAACUAACAGGUACAGAGGAAAGAUACAAGCUCUUUCAUGGGAAGAAAUUACAGAGAAAAUGAGCAUCAUUUCUCAAGGUUUUUAUUUUCCCUGAUCUCCAAGUGAUGCUGCUGUAAUUCUAGCUGCAGUUUUUACCGAUCAUUCACCACUCAGCAGCUGGUAGAGAAGUAAGACUGCUUGGCAACCACCUGCAGGGCUGCAGAGAUGAAUUACAUUUUCGGGAACAACACACUUCUAUACUCUCGCGCCAGUCGAGGAGGCAAUACUAGCUCUAGCCAUGGCUCAGUAGGCCCAAAGCAGAAACACUGGGCAAAAAAGGGUUCAUCAGAUGAACUGCAAGCAGAGCCAGAACCUUCACGCUGGCAGCAGAUAGUUGCAUUUUUCACUCGAAGACACAGCUUUAUUGACUGCAUCUCGGUAGCCACCAGCUCCACCCAGCCAACAGAAGCUGUACCUCCCUCUUCUCCCACUGUCCCUGUGAUCCCUGUCCUGCCAGUCCCUGCUGAGAAUACUGUCAUCCUACCCACCAUACCACAGGCAAACCCUCCUCCAGUACUGGUCAACACAGAUAGCUUGGAAACAUCGAGUUAUGUUAAUGGCACUGAUGCAGAUUAUGAAUAUGAAGAAAUCACACUUGAAAGGGGAAAUUCAGGGCUUGGUUUCAGCAUUGCAGGAGGUACGGACAACCCACACAUUGGAGAUGACUCAAGUAUUUUCAUUACCAAAAUUAUUGCAGGGGGAGCAGCUGCCCAAGAUGGAAGAUUACGGGUCAAUGACUGUAUAUUGCGAGUGAAUGAAGUAGAUGUUCGUGAUGUGACACAUAGCAAAGCAGUUGAAGCAUUGAAAGAAGCAGGGUCUAUUGUACGCUUGUACGUGAAACGACGGAAACCAGUAUCAGAAAAAAUAAUGGAAAUAAAGCUCAUUAAAGGUCCUAAAGGUCUUGGGUUCAGCAUUGCUGGAGGUGUUGGAAAUCAACAUAUUCCUGGGGAUAAUAGCAUCUAUGUAACCAAAAUCAUUGAAGGAGGUGCAGCACAUAAAGAUGGUAAACUUCAGAUUGGAGAUAAACUUUUAGCAGUGAAUAGUGUGUGUUUAGAAGAAGUUACUCAUGAAGAAGCAGUAACUGCCUUAAAGAACACAUCUGAUUUUGUCUAUUUGAAAGUGGCAAAACCCACAAGUAUGUAUAUGAAUGAUGGCUAUGCACCACCUGAUAUCACCAACUCUUCUUCUCAACCUGUUGAUAACCAUGUUAGCCCAUCUUCCUACUUGGGCCACACACCAGCAUCACCAGCCAGAUACUCACCUGUUUCAAAAGCAGUGCUUGGAGAUGAUGAAAUUACAAGGGAACCUAGAAAAGUUGUUCUUCAUCGUGGCUCAACAGGCCUUGGUUUCAACAUUGUAGGAGGUGAAGAUGGAGAAGGCAUAUUUAUUUCCUUUAUCUUGGCUGGAGGACCUGCUGAUCUUAGUGGAGAGCUCAGAAAAGGAGAUCGUAUUAUAUCGGUAAACAGUGUUGACCUCAGAACUGCCAGCCAUGAGCAGGCAGCAGCCGCUUUGAAAAAUGCUGGCCAAGCUGUCACGAUUGUUGCACAAUAUCGGCCUGAAGAAUACAGUCGUUUUGAAGCCAAAAUACAUGACUUACGGGAGCAGAUGAUGAAUAGUAGCAUUAGUUCAGGAUCAGGUUCUCUUCGAACUAGCCAGAAGCGAUCCCUCUAUGUCAGAGCGCUUUUUGAUUAUGACAAGACUAAAGACAGUGGCCUUCCCAGUCAGGGCUUGAACUUCAAAUUUGGAGAUAUCCUCCAUGUUAUUAAUGCUUCUGAUGAUGAAUGGUGGCAAGCCAGGCAGGUUACACCAGAUGGAGAGAGUGAUGAAGUUGGAGUAAUUCCCAGUAAACGCAGAGUUGAGAAGAAAGAACGAGCCCGGUUAAAAACAGUGAAAUUUAAUUCUAAAACAAGAGGAGAUAAAGGGCAGUCAUUCAAUGACAAGCGUAAAAAGAACCUCUUUUCCCGAAAAUUCCCCUUCUACAAGAACAAGGACCAGAGUGAGCAGGAAACAAGUGAUGCUGACCAGCAUAUAACUUCUAAUGCCAGCGAUAGUGAAAGUAGUUACCUAAUCUUGAUUACAGAUGAGUAUGGCUGCUCAAAAGGUGGUCAAGAAGAAUAUGUCUUAUCUUAUGAGCCAGUGAAUCAACAAGAAGUUAAUUAUACUCGACCAGUGAUCAUAUUGGGACCUAUGAAAGACAGGAUAAAUGAUGACUUGAUCUCUGAAUUUCCUGACAAAUUUGGAUCAUGUGUUCCUCAUACAACUAGACCAAAACGAGACUAUGAGGUAGAUGGAAGAGAUUAUCAUUUUGUGACUUCAAGAGAGCAGAUGGAAAAAGAUAUCCAGGAGCAUAAAUUUAUUGAAGCUGGGCAGUAUAAUAACCAUCUGUAUGGAACAAGUGUCCAGUCUGUGCGGGAAGUAGCAGAAAAGGGCAAACAUUGUAUCCUCGAUGUCUCUGGAAAUGCCAUAAAGAGAUUACAGAUUGCACAACUUUACCCAAUCUCCAUUUUUAUUAAACCCAAAUCCAUGGAAAAUAUCAUGGAAAUGAAUAAGCGUCUGACAGAAGAACAAGCCAGAAAGACAUUUGAGAGAGCCAUGAAACUGGAGCAAGAAUUUACUGAACAUUUCACAGCUAUUGUACAGGGAGAUACGCUGGAAGACAUUUACAACCAAGUGAAGCAGAUCAUAGAAGAGCAGUCUGGUCCUUACAUAUGGGUUCCAGCAAAAGAAAAGUUAUGAAGACUGAUGUUUCUCGGUUUCUCUUUUCCACGAUUUCAUUUUCUUUGACAUUUCUUUGCCCUUUCCUUUUGGAGUCUGUCUGCAAUACUCCUUCCAUGUUGAAUCAUAUCCCACUCAUCAUGGUCUAUGGUUGUGCUUAGUUUUGACAUCUGGUGUCUCCUUCAAGUUGUAGCAUCUGUAUUACUUUAUGUCGCUAUUGGUUUGUGGCCAUUUUUCAGAACUAAAGGUGGAAUGGCCUGACCAGCUAUUAAGGAUUUGGGGAGACUGGGAAAUUGUGGUAAAAUUCCUUAAUGUUUAAGGGAAAGUAACUUUAAGAGAUUUUCAGAAAAGCUUUAUAUACAUUCUUUUCAAAUUUCAGUAUAAAUGAAAGAAAAGUGGUGUUAAACAGUGAUUUAGUAAACUUUGAGCAACAGUGCACGCUUAACUUUAAUAGCAUGGUUUGGCCAAUAUAUUAACUCUCAAGUCCUUUUCUCAGUUGACUUGUGUUAUCAAAGCCAAUAUUUCAUUAUAGACAAAUAAGGAAAAUAUGUGGUUUUUAAUUUCAAAAUUAAUGUCUACGUUAACUUGCAUAAUUUCACAAGGGAUAUUCAUUUUUCAUAAGAGUUCUUCAAGUCUUUUAUUGUUUGAGGGUUCUUAGUACAUUUGCUAGGAAUAGCAGUGUUUAAAUGUUUUUAAUCUACUUGUGCAACACUAUUUAUAGUGUCUUACAAAAGUUGUUCAAACAUAAUGAUCAUCACAGUUUCUGAAUUGAGGCCGUGUUUAGGUGCUAGGGGAGCUCACCUUUUACACAGAAGGUUGAGAAAAUUUCAUAGACGUAAAUACAGGCAGAACAGACAUUCUAGUGAUGAUGUAGUACUCAUGGCAAUGGAAAAGGAGUCCAAUUCAUAGUCUAAAACUUUAAAUGUAUUCUUAGGGAUCAGAUUUUAAUGAAUAUUUUACCCACAGUAACUGCCUAUUUUGUUAUAAUAAAAUAUAUAUAUAUAUAUAUAAAUAUAUAUAAAACUUUCUUUAACUAAACUGUAACUAUGGGAAUUAUUUUCUUUACAUAGUUGCACACACACACAAACAUAUAUAUAUUUAAAAUAUAUUUUUUCUUUUGCCACCUACUCUUAACUUUUUGUUUGGUUUUUAAAUUAAAUAUUAAUUGAUUAGACUUUAUCUUCCUUAAUCACGUGAACUGAAAACAGGGAUAUGGUGGUUGUGGAAAGAACCUUUAGGGAAAUUAGAUUACAUACAAAAGUAUAGGCAUGUUCUCCUCUUUUCUACAAAAGUUUUCAGAUGGUUCCUGGUUUUGUUUUGGGUUUCUUUGUUACUGUUGUUCUUGUCAUCGGGUUUGGAUUUGGCCCUCUGCCUCUCCUUCCACUUCUCCUUUCGCUGGUAGACAAAGAAGGAAAAGCCUUGUGUGUGUGUUUUCCCUUCAGACUGCACACCUUUCACCUCUUGUAGCUGCUCUGCAUUAGAGUUGCACAGAUCUUCAUGGUGGGCAAUUUUAAGAAAUUUUAGUGAAGGGUAGAUGUGAUUUCAGAAAUCAACUUCUCUGGUCUUUUAUAUUAAUAAUAUUGUUUGCCUUCCUUUUGCUUUUUGGAGUUUAUUAAAUAUGUGUUUUUGACAACCUCCUCAUUACAGUUUCUUAAACAAAUGAGUACUGGUUUGUAAAGGAUUAUCAACAUUAUCCAUUCCAUUUAUGAGAAAGAGGAGAACAGCUAAUAAACUUUAUUGUAAAAUCCA